AGGAGUGGAGAUAUUCUGCACCACUGGGUUUUUGCGCAGUGGGGAGAGGGGAUGACACCGGAUUUUCCAGUCGACUGAUUAUUGUACCAGCGGCUGCAAGAUGAUGUCUCUGAUCGACCUGGACGACGACCAGCGGUGGGUGCCCACUCACGUCAAUGUCACCGUCCUCCGCGCGCGGGGGCUGCGGACCAAGGGCAAGCACGGCAACCGCUACCUGUACACCAUCAUCCAGGUGGGGAAGGAGAAGUACACCACCGGGCUGGUGGAGAAGGCGGAGGUGCCCGAGUGGAACGAGGAGUGCUGCUUUGAGCUGCUCCCGGGCAUCCUGGAGGAGGAGGGCGGCGGGAGGAGCGCCUACCCGCCGGCCAGUGGAGACCUGGUCCUCACGGUCAUGCACCGAGUCCUCAUCGGACUCGACGUGUUCCUGGGUCAGACCAUCAUUCCUCUGAAUAAAAUAUUCCAGGAGGGAAUGUGUCCUCGAGAUGAAUGGUUCAAGCUCAACUCCAAAGUGGGACGAAAGGAGAAGGAACGCGGCGAAUUGCAGGUGACAGUUCAGUUCACUCGCAACAACAUGACAGCCAGCAUGUUUGACCUCACCAUGAAAGAUAAGCCGCGCUCUGCCUUUGGCAAGCUCAAAGACCGGGUCACAGGGAGGAAGAGGGGCGAUGUGGAGUCUUCCUCAGCCAUUGUCCCAGGCCGCUAUGCAGCCUUGUCUGGGACCCUUGGACAGCCAUUUGGAGGGGAAGUUGGAGGGGUCAUGGAAUCACGUGAUGUGGAGAUAUCAGAGGAGAAGAGGAGUAAGAUGAAAGACCUCUUCAAAGGAAGGCUACGCAAAUCGUCUGAUACCAGGUCAUGCUCAUCACUAGCUUCAGACAGUAGUAUGUCUUCUAUGGCCAGUGACAAUCCUUUACCUCCUCCUACUCUGGACCUGCUUUCAGACCCUCCCAGCUCCCCCAUCUACACCAGCAAAGUCAGAAUGGACACCCACUAUGGAGAAACAGAUCUGGCUAAAAAAGCUCUAACGAGCCAGCACACCACAAAGGUUCUGACACACAAGCGAGCCUUCAGCGAUGAAGCAAGUAAGAUCGUGACAUCUGUGCCCCGACCACUGGAAUCUGUCAAGGGACAGACAAUGACUCAGUCCAAAUCUUCUUUGUGUAUAAAUGGGAGCCACAUCUACAACUCUGAGCCCUCAACUCCCAAGAACUCAGGAGCUUUCUCAUCCAAGCUCAUCCUGCUUGAGAAAUGUUCCCCACUCUCCCGUUCCCUGCAGAACCUCACAAAGCGUGGCGACGACAAAGCUUGCUUUGCAGAGGGCCGACGCUGGUCCUUUGACAAGACAAAGAAAGAAGAAAAGGAGGAAAAGGAAGGUCAGGCAUCAUCUCCCUCAGUUGAGAGGGCUCAGGCAGCCGGUCCCCCCAUGCAGGCGGCGAUGCCAGCACCCUCCUCUGUUGCUCUUUCACCCGACAAAGGCAGGAAGCUAAGAAAGGGAUUAUUCUCUGGAGGAAGAAGUGACUCUCUCCCAGCAAAGUCAGACCUAAAUCAGACAGCUUCUGCAUCUGAAGGCAGGCUCAGAGGUUGGUUUGGUUCCAGUGACUCCCAGAACAAGCCAAGGCUGGAAGUUUCUCCUAAGGUAGAAAGCAGCUCAGAUGUGCCCCCUCCCAUCCCUCCUCACUCCCCUGUCCUGCCUCAAUGCUCCUCUCCCUCUGCCUUCCACACUGGUCAUGUAUCACCCCAAAACGGGAAUCACACUAAUCCCUUCACUCCCUCUUCCUCUCCGUCUUCAAACUCCAUCUCUCCUUCCAACCCUUUCUUCCCUCAUAUGCAGCACAACCCCUUCUUUGAGGAACUCAUAGCUGAAGAGUCACAGAGGUCUCCUCCUUUUACAUCUUGUUCCCCUUCUGGUUCAUCCCCCUUUUCUUACCCUACUCCGCCCUCGCACCCGUGCAUGCCCAGCUCUGGUCAUGAUGUCAAUGCAAAGAGUUUGGCUUGCAUAAAGCGUGAACGCCCCAGGCCAGUAGCUCGGCAAAUAUCUCUUCCAGCAUUAUUACGCAGACAAGCCACACCAGCCCACCCGACCCACACCACUACUCGCUCUUUUUCAGAGAGUGCAGGAGAAGGGGAUGACUCCUUUGUUGCCUUUGCCUCUAGCAGGCUCCACACUCCUCAAGGGACUGUUUCAAACAAACAACCUAGAUCAGGCUCAGUGUCAUCUCACAGACUUAGUAGCUACACAAAUAGCCUACUACAGGAGCUGCAGAAAUCUGAACAAGAACCUCCACCUUUACCUCCAAGGAGACUUUUAAAAAGUACGGUGAAUGAGAUCUAUUCUGAUGGUUGGCUACACAGAGGUCAGGAGCUCGCCGUCCACAAAGAAGCAUGCCUUCUCUCACAGACUGGUGCAGCUUCACUGCAACAUGGUAGAAACAUGUGCAGUGUAUCUCCAGAACUUCAAUCCAGCAGCGAGACUUCAGAUUCGCCCAGCAUUUGCUCGGAAUCUCACAAGAGCCUUACUUCACCGGAAUGCAUUUCUGAAGAAAAGCUGAAGAAGUUCAAAUACGAACCUUUGGAAGAUGUAACUGACUGCUGGGGUGGGAUGUUGUUUGAAGAAGACUUAUAUGGACGUAUUGGCAGAGUAAACUAUGGACAACCCAAAGUAAAGGUGGACCUUUUAUCCACAAACACUAAGGAACGUGCUGUAAAUAAGAACAUACAUAAGAACUGUGAUAGUUCUCAAAAAGCUGAUAUGACAGGACUGAAAAUGCUUCUUAGUAGUGAUAUAUCUGUUUCAGAUCUUUUGAGCAUGUCUUUUGAGACUCGACCCAAGUCUGACGGAAUGACUUUAGGUGGUACUCCUGCCAAGCUAGAGCAGACAACUGAGACCAACUGCGUAAAUAAUAAUGUGUCUUCCACACUAACUGUGGACAAUCUGAACACAAACAUCAGUAAUUUAGACUUUAGUUUUAUCGACUCCGAAGGUUCCUCUCAGUCAGAAGUUGAUGACGCUCUUAAAGGUUUUAAUGCUUUAGAGGGUUCACGAAUCGCAGUUCUCCCGGAGGAGAAAGUGCCCACAUCAGAUGACAUGUCCUCUUCAAUGGAUGGAUAUAUACCUGAGAAGACCUCUGCUUUUAAACAAACCACUUCAUCAGAUAAUCUGUGCAGAGACUCUUCAGUUUACCAAGACAACUGCCGAGAUUGUCAACAUAAAGUGAAUAAUGUGGAACCACUUGAUAACUCUGAGGUGAACAGGAAUGAUGAUGUUCCUUUGUUCUCACAAACACCUAAUGGACCAAAUAUUGAAAGUGGAUCUAGAGAAUGUAGAACAGGAGGGGCUGUAAAGCCACAAGGUGACUUUGACAAUAAUAGCAAUCCAGAUGUUCAGCUAGCCAUAGCGAACCAGACUGAGUCAUUAUCAAAGGUGGUUAGUGCACGUUUGAGACCAAAAGCAAUGAUUCGGGGAAACUGCAGUAACGGUUCAAACAAGAAGAGCAGAAGUGACAAAAUUGAAGAGGCUGAAUUUGAUCAGUUGAGGUCCCUGGUUCAAAAUACUUCAGAAGUCAGUGAAGGACCACAAAUCAGUCAAUCAGCGCUUUCUACCCUAAUGGCAUUAGAUAAGCAGGAAUACUCUCUGGUUGAUAACAUCCAUGUUUUCUCAUCAUUAGAAGCAGAUGCACAUACUAAACUCACAGAAAAUCUUGUAACAGAGAAACUCCCUGAGGACAAUUUUGAAGGCCUCCAUGCAAAAGUGGCCCCAAACGUAAGAACUCCGUCAAAGAUUGAACAAUCUUUGCAAGUGCCUAAACCUUCUUCCGCCAUCCCAUCUGUACUCUCCCUGCCAGCUGACUGUGAUGCUCAGGCUAAGGUCCACCUUACCGCUGUACGUUGCCACCCUGCACAUCCCUCAAGCAUGGGGCUCAGUGCUGAAGCCAGCCCAACUCUGUCUGUGCUCCCCUACACCUCCUCUUCCUCCUACUCUACCACCUCCACCUCUGACCAGCUCCUGGUCGAUGCACGGCACUCACUUUUGCCUGAGGAGACACAGCCAGCUAACAACCUGCCCCUUCAGGAGAGCAGAACUCAUCCAGUCAAGCCAUUAACCUCUGUUGGUAGCCAAUCGGAGAAGAAGGAAAGUCGUUCUGUUCUGGAGAAACUCAAGUCUACAAUUCACCCUGGACGCUGCACUCAGCAGCCUGCAGCUGAGCCUGACAAGAGUCAGGAGGUGACAGUGGACAACUCUGAGCAGUACCAGCACCUGACCAACAUGGAGCUGAUCUCCCUGCUGCUGCAGCAGGAGAUGGACAUGCAGAAACAGCGAGCAGCCUCAGAGCGACAGGAGGCGCAGCUGGAGAAAUGUGAGGCAGAGCUGAAAAAGGUCAAGUUACAGGUUCGAGACCUUGAGGACUACAUUGAUAAUCUUUUGCUGCGGAUCAUGGAGCAGACGCCCACGCUGCUUCAGGUUCGCUCCAGACAUAAGUGACCACAGCACCGAAGUGCAGACAGUGUAUCACAGAUGCUGAUUAAAUACACUAAUGAAGACUGGAAAUGAGAUAGUCAGACCCUGAUCUCACUGUCACUGAGGUCUCCUCACUGCUAAUACUGCCCUCUUAAUCAAGACACAUUUAUUACCCAUCAUGCAUGCUGGUUACAAUCCCAGUUAAGCAUGAAUACGAGCAGCACAAAGUCGUAAGAGAAAAGCUUGUAUCAAAGCGGAUACAGGUGGUCAUUUUAGCUGUGCUUACUAGAUUAAGUCAGUUAUUAGACAUUUAAACUGCUGAUCAACUGCUUUUGCAUAAAAUACAGGUAAAUGUAGUCUGUUUGUGGGGGUGGGAAGGGAUGCAGUUAAUGCAUUCUUCAGGGUUUAUAGGCUCCAGAAUGCAGAUUUUGGAUAUAAAGCAGUUGAAUUGCAACAUAUAAUAUCAAGAUUUUCUUCCAGUUGCACAAAAUGUGAGGCGGACAAAAGGGGACAAAACAUGACUUUGAUACAUGUGUUGAAAUUGAAUGCGUCACAAGAAAUAAUGCUGCUCUGCAUAAGGGAACACUACAAAGUAGUUGUUUCUGCAUUAACGUUGCUGUAUUAUAAGCUAACAGCCUUUAUGACCCACAAAAAAGAAACACUUGAAGAGGAAAAAGUCUUAAUUCUUCAAAUAAUGUGUUCUUUAAAUAGAUGUUUUAGAUUACAGGAUGAUAAAGAUGUGGAUGGUUUAAUAUAAUUUCUUGUGUGUGUGUGUGUCUGAUGUUUAUGUUAAAAUGACAGUGUUAUAAAGCAUUACUGUGUUAAAUGAGGUUUUUUGUUUUUUAUAAAUCAUGUAACGGUUAUAUGUUCUCUAAUGUCCUUCCACAUAGCGCUGUUGGAGCUUGUUGCUAUGCUUUACAUGACCGCAGUACUGUACUAGGAGAAAAUAAAGCGCACACAAUGAAAG